AUGGAGGGGGAACACAUCAACAAACAGGUAGUGGUACCUACAGAACUAAUGGAGGGGGAACACAUCAACAAACAGGUAGUGGUACCUACAGAACUAAUGGAGGGGGAACACAUCAACAAACAGGUAGUGGUACCUACAGAACUAAUGGAGGGGGAACACAUCAACAAACAGGUAGUGGUACCUACAGAACUAAUGGAGGGGGAACACAUCAACAAACAGGUAGUGGUAUCUACAGAACUAAUGGAGGGGGAACACAUCAACAAACAGGUAGUGGUACCUACAGAAUUAAUGGAGGGGGAACACAUCAACAAACAGGUAGUGGUACCUAUAGAACUAAUGGAGGGGGAACACAUCAACAAACAGGUAGUGGUACCUACAGAACUAAUGGAGGGGGAACACAUAACAAACAGGUAG